GCUGUGUCAGGGUUCCCCGGAAGUACAUGCAUGCAUGUGUAGCAUUUGACAACCUUGAAAAGACUACAAAAAAAACCUACCUGGUAUCUUAUGUGUCAAAAACCGUUCCAGUGAUGCCAGUAACAAGACUAUUAUACCCUCUGUACCAGCUGGGUAACCCUCAGCUGAGGAUCUUCCGACCCAACUGGUUCCUGACUUUGGUGAGGCCGGGAAAAGAGCAGCCUCCUGACACUGUCCAGUUUCGCAUCCCAAUGGAAAUGACCAAGUGUGACGUGAAGAACUACCUGGAGAAGAUCUAUAACGUCCCAGUAGGAGCAGUCCGCACCAGGAUACAGUUUGGCUCCAACAAGAAGAGGAACCAUCUAAACCAGAAGGUUAAGCAGCCUGACUAUAAAGUGGCCUACGUUCAACUGUCCCAGGGCCAGACGUUCACCUUCCCUGACAUCUUCCCCGAAAAGGAGCGGAUGCCGGCGGAGGGCUCCAUGGAAGAGAUGCAGGAGAAGUUCAUGGAGGACGAAAGGCAGAGGCAGAAACUCGACCCCAGGAGAGGAGGGGUCACGGAGUGGUUCGGACUCUAAGACAGCCCACUGACCGGGACCUCUGUGCUCAUAUGGUGUGGCGUAGGUGUUUCAUUGGGAGCAUGAUGCACUGAUUUACAACGCAACUGUUGUGAUGUCACUUCUAUUUCUGUAAGAAAUACUUACUAGUAAAGCAGAAUGUGUGUGGGAGACUGGCAACAUGUGUUUGGUUUGUGUGUGUCUACGCGAG